UAAAAAUCCAAGGAUUUUCCGUGAGUUCAUCACCACCAUUGUAUGGCUCAGUUCCCUUCGGAUUUCUCAAACCUUGAUUCUACUUGUACACUUUUGUCUUACUUGGAUCUCAACAACAUCAGUAACCAACAUCAAAUUCAGAAUAUGGAGGAAAUUGACAAUGACGAGGUUAUGGAGGUACCUGAUACUCCUGAUAGAUUGAGAGGGAGAAGAAAUAGUGCAGAAGAAUCAAGUUCCCCAUUAAUGGGUGAUUGCGCAAAUGAAUUUAGUUCUUCACUGAUGGGUGAUUUUGAAAGUUCUAAUUCUAAUAAUAGUUGGAGGAACCAUGUUAAGCCGAGCCUUAGAAAUGGAAAUUCAACUAAGAAAUUGUAUACUUGCCACAUGGAAGAUUCCAACUUUUGUGAGCAAUCGAACAAAGUAGAUCGUACAUACAUAUCUUUGUUAGAUAGUCCAACACAAUCUUCGGUUUCUGCAUACGGUCGUUCUAGAAGAACAAUGGGAGACCAGGUUUUCAAGGUGCCAGCGGCUCCCAUGCCUUCUGCACUUCCUCGUGAUCCUAGAGGGAGUAGUAAUGUACUGAAAUUUGGAGGUGGGUCAUCUCAUAAUGCUGAAGUAGUAGCCUCUGCGCACAAAUAUUUAGGUAAUGAAAUUUUGAAGAAUACGGUGGCUAGAAAUAGCAGAAGCCGUGAUACAGGCAGCUUUACUCAUUCUAAGAUACCUAUGGAACGGCUAACACGCGAAGAUGACAACACUAAUUUGGAUUCAAUUGUGAGGGGUGAUUAUGCUAGAAUGCAUCAAGGGGCUUGGUCACAUGGUGCAUUAAAAGAUCAUCCUAUUAAAGAUGUCAAGAAAGGUGAUAUGGGAUCUUAUUCUCUAGAAACUUCUGGUGCAGAUUUGGAUCAUAAGGAAGAUAUUGUAUCAUCUCAGUCCAAAGCUGACCAAAAGGCCAUAAAUAAAAACACUGGCCGUAGGAGGCUGAUAGCUGUGCGCAAUGGGUGUAUCUCUCCAAGUAAUACAGCUAUGUCCAAACAUACAUCUGAAAGCCAUGUUAGUAGCUCCAACUUUGGACAGGGUGAAAUUAAGGUGAUUAGUAAUAGUGGAACUCUGUCACGUGAGAUACAUAGCCUUGCCUCUAUUUCCGAAGGGAACCAAUCUGUUAGAUUGGACAAAGGGAAAGGAAAACUGGUGAUGAUUGAUCCACCUCACGAGAAAGAAUACAAGUCUAAAGUCAUACCUGGCAGGUCCUCGAUCUCUAUCAAAGAUGACAAUGGAAUUAGCAAUGCCAGAUAUUGUGAAUUAAAACGCCCGGAGGAAAUAGAUGGUUGGAGAAGCACUCGUAGGUGCUCAAAUACAUCUUCAGAGAUGCCUGGUUUUCCUUAGCCUGCACGAUCAUCUCAACAAUCUUUCAAUGCUGGCCCUGCAGGACCAGAAAAUGAAACACGUGAUAGAUUGAAGAAAAUUACUAAAAGACAAAGGAAACAUUCUUUACUUCGUAGUAACUUAGAGGAAUGCUCUACGUCAGAUUUUGAUGACUCUGAAAUUACUUACAUUGGGUCUUCCGGGGAACCUGCAACUGCUAGAUCAACCAGAAGCUGAGUUCCUCGUCAUCGUAGCACCUCUUGUCCGAUUGUUGAAGUGGAUGAGUCCCCUGAAAUACGACGUGGAAGACCUGAAGAUUCAAGUCAAAUGGUCGAUGGUGACUUGGAUGCAAGGCUCAGACAAAUGGAAGCAGAUGAAAUAUUGGCUCGUCAACUUCAGGAACAGCUCUAUGAUGAGAUGCCUGGAGUUGGGUUUGGAGAGAUUUGUGUUUGAUUUUUUUUUAAGAUGUUAUCUUGAUAGUUUUUUCUAAUAUAAAGUUAGUGCGAGUUGAAGUGAACUAUAACCCCUGCUUUUGUUCCCUUCAUUAAUUCUUUAUUGUCUAUUUUCUUACUAUAAU